UGAGGUGACGUCGAACAGGGUCCCAGGGAUCGGAUCAAGCCGGCCUGUGUGACACCGUUCCACCCAAGAGGAAAGGGAGAGAGGAUCCGCCACUACGGCAGGUAGUAGCCUACGGCCGUCCGCGGGAUCGCUCGCCAUGAAAUAGGCUACCUGGUGCCUGUCAAACUCCCUAACCUCCAUUUUUCCAACUGUUUUGGAGGAAGAACUGAAAGUCCAUCCAAAAGAAAGUACGAUUUUUGAAAGAAAAUGAGCACCUACACUAUCACCCUCAAUGGGCCGGCACCUUGGGGAUUUCGCCUGCAGGGAGGGAAGGACUUCAACAUGCCCCUGACCAUCUCCAGGAUCACACCUGGGAGCAAGGCUUCGUCAGGCAACCUGACCCAGGGCGACAUCAUCGUGGCCAUCGAUGGGGUCAGCACGGACGGAAUGACUCACCUGGAGGCCCAGAACAAGAUCAAGUGUGCCCUUAACCUGGCCCUCACUAUGACCAGGUCCAAGCGCCCGUGUUCAGUUCUGGGCUCGAGGAUCGAAUCCUCAGCCAUGCCCGCAGGCAUCCCUCACCAGCAGGGGCAAAUAAAUGGCAGUCCCAUGCCCCCUAAUGCCCCAGCCGGUGCCAUAGACACUUCCGGUGAGGCGAACUUGACGCCCACCAAGGGGACGUCUCCGGGCCCGACCCAGAGGACGCAGUACAACUCUCCCAUCGGCCUCUACUCCGAGGAGACCUUGAGAGAGAUCGCCAUGGUGCAGGAGAGCCAGAAGGCUAAGGGCUCCGGCACGGGCUUUUUACUGGGCUACAGCCUGCAGUCUGCCUCUGGUUACAGCUCCCACAUCUCAACCUCCAUGUCCAGCCAGUACAUGUCGGGUCCACCAAUGCAGCCACCACAGAUGCAGCUACCCCCUAUGCAACAGCAGCCACCACACAUGCAGCAGCCACCACACAUGCAGCCACCACACAUGCAGCAGCAGCCCAUGCAGCCACCACACAUGCAGCAGCCACCACACAUGCAGCAGCCGCCCAUGCAGCAAAGCUCCAUUCAGAUUCCUGUGGGCCCCCCACCUCAGCAGCCCAAAAUGGUCAGCACUGCUACCAUCGUGCCUAGCGCCUACCCCACCACUCCAGCUCCUGCCCCAGCUCCUGCUCCUGCCCCUCCCCCGGCCCCCGCUGCCCCCGCCUCCGCCAACCGCCCGCCCUGGGUGACGGACGACAACUUCGCACAGAAGUUCGACCCCGGCAAGACCACCAGCACCAGCACCAAAGUACAGCCUCUUCCUCAGUCCGCUCCCCCUCCUCCUGCCUACAUCCCAAACCCGGGCCCUGCCCCAGGCCCCGCCUGCGCCCCCUCCCCCUACAUCCCCACCCCCCUCCCACCUGUGGCCCGGGGAGUGGCGCAGAGGGCCGAACGCGUCGCUGCCGGCAGCAGGACACCCAUGUGUGGCGCAUGCAACCAAAUCAUCAGAGGACCUUUCCUGGUGGCCCUGGGCCGCUCUUGGCACCCGGAGGAGUUCAACUGCCACUACUGCAACAACUCUCUGGCUGACAACAGCUUUGUGGAGGAGCAGAACAGCGUGUACUGCGAGAACUGCUACGGCGAGUACUUUGCCCCAUCCUGUGCCCGCUGCAACACCAAGAUCAUGGGGGAAGUGAUGCAUGCGCUCCGGCAGACUUGGCACACCACCUGUUUCGUGUGUGCUGCGUGCGGGAAGCCCUUUGGAAACAGCCUGUUCCACAUGGAGGACGGAGAACCGUACUGUGAGAAAGAUUACAUUUCCCUCUUCAGCACUAAGUGCCAUGGCUGUGACUUCCCCGUGGAGGCCGGGGACAAGUUCAUCGAGGCUCUGGGGCACACCUGGCACGACACCUGCUUCGUCUGCGCGGUGUGCAAUGUCAACUUAGAGGGCCAGCCAUUCUACUCCAAGAAGGACAAGCCUCUGUGCAAGAAGCAUGCUCAUGCCAUCAAUGUGUAGAUGCCCCUGUAGAGAAGAAACACAGUCAUGGGCGACACUAUAACGUGCCAAUGAUCUUAUUAUUAUGUACUGGCAAAGCACAUUUCAGAGAGAACAUUAGUGUCCGUGAAAAUAGAACAUCACAUUUGACUUAGAAUGAUGAUUACAACGAUUCUAAUGUAACAGUACCAUGAAAAGUAUGAUUGAUAAAUGUUAAGCCAUAAGUGACCUACUGGUUAAACAAUGUAUUUAUUUCAGAACUAAUAUAUUAUUGUGCUUCUACUGACCUGAAAUCUCAAAGAUCCAACUCUGUUAUUUAACCUUGACAUUUGAUCUAUUUAUAUCUGAAUGCGAGACCAGUCUCAGUCAGUGUCCACACGAGAUUCACAAACAGAUUUAAGCUCCAUUGCCAUAAUACAUCUCCACAGAAGAUGAAAUGUUAGGAAUUUGGUUUAGUCCAUCCUUUUUUUUCUCAAAAUGAUUAACUGUAACCACAAAGCAUGGAGGAGUUUGUUUGAGUAUUUUAGCUUUCACUUGAUCAGCUUUCUUUACUUCACAUAAGAGCUGUACACUCCUGUAUAUAUGUUUGGCCUUUAUUUUUAUCUCAUCAGAAAGGACAGAUAGACAUUGGGGAACAGUUCCCUAAGCCAAAUGACCUUUCCGUGAAUGUUAUGUGCCUUCAUGUAGGACCUGAAUAUACAUACAAUUGGAUUUAUGCAAAAAAAAAAAAUGUAUCAACAUAAAGGGUGAAUUUCAGAUCUAUUAAUUUCCCUCUGACACUCACGGUUUCCUUAGACAGUAUGCAAGUCUUCUUACAGGUUAACCCAUUUUAUAUAUCAACAUGUACUUUGUGUGAAGUGCUUAUGAUUGUGUAUGGCUGUACAUGUGUGUGUAUGAGUGUGCUUGUGUAGUGUGCAAAUAUCAGUAUUAACAUGUUUGUGCCAGUAGAUUAGUUUGUGUGUGUGUGCACAUGCUGGUGACAUAUUUGUCUUUCAAGUGAAAUAUAACAGAGGACACUGCCUUGGUUGUUUUCAUCUGACUAAUGAUAGAUUGAAUUAAACUACAAAUGAACAGGAAUACAAAUGAUGUGAAGUUAUUGGCCAUUAUUGUUAUUGUUGUGUGUAGUUUUCAGUCACAAGGGUGCAACCAAGCUGCGGACCUUAAUUACGAUCCGUUUAUAACACUGUUUAUCUGUUGUAAUAUCACAUUGCUGUUUUUUUCCCAUGUUAUGAAUUCAGUGAUAGUUUGUACCUCUAUGAACUACUCAAUAUUUGUAACAACUAAGUGCGAAUUAACUUUCCAUCGUGUUUGACCAUCUUAGUAUGUACUGAAAUUGUGCAUCAACAUAGUUUACACUUGGACUUUUUAACCUUUUGCGGGGGAAAGUGAGGACUUGCUUUUGUUUUAACGGGAUGAAAGAAAGGGCUAUCACAAAUAUGAUGGGUUUGGUGAGGCUGGGUUAUAAAGAGUCAUUUUCAAGCGAUACAUUUUAAAAUGGAUGCUCUUAAAAUACAUUGAAAAAUUGUGUUACCCUGAAAGGGUGAGUAUUGACAUAUUCAUACGUUCAGUAUUUGGCUGAAUAUUUUACACUGUCAGUCAAUGCUAUUUUUAAAUGAUAAAAUAGUGUCACAUUAGAUCAGUAGGCUUCUGAAGGACCACAUCCAUGUGCCAUGUGAAUUUCAAAUUUUUUAUUUUUUUUUGAUUUCCCAUAAAAAGACGAAGGAAAUGGAACUGAGAUUUAGUGGUUAUCCCGUCAGUGUUCUGCAUCUGCACCUCCAGAUAGAUCUAUAGAUCAAUAUAGAUCAAUAUAGAUAUUAAUUCACUUCACAAACCAUUCCCUGCCGUUCAUCCCUGAACUCCUUUCUGCAUCUCAUUCAUUCCAUUACAGCAAGCAGGUUUUUAUAAGGUGUAGACCCCCCUCACCUCAGAACACAUGUGUAAACGUAUUUUCCUUCUCUUUCAUAUCUUGGCAUAGUGCCCUUGGUCGUAUCAAUAUUUUAAGUAAAACUAGCCACUGAUUUGCCCUGUACAUGUGGCCUAUUGUGGGUCCUUCAGGUGAGACAGCCUUACUUCUUUUGUUUUCUCUUUUGCACGGCUGUACCUGUAUCUUACACAGUAGCAUGAGUUUGCAAGGUGCUUUCAGUUGUGCCAUUAGGACUGUUUGUGCAUCAGUCUUGAGUGGUGAGGUGGAGGAGUUAUUUAUGAAACAUAUAGCCUACUAAAGAGAUUUUUUUGAUUGUUUUGGCAUAAGGAGACAACCUCUCUUAAUAAUAAUAAUUGAUUUGCUUAUUUAAGAUGUUUUCUAAGCGGUCUCUUAGAUAUUACUAUGAUAUGGCCUUGACUUUAGGUAGUUCUGUACUUAAAAUGUCUGUUGUGUUUGAUAUAUUGGUAUAGGGUUUUCAUUGUUUUUUAUUUGAUGUAACAACAAAUGCCACUCUAUAAUAUUUUCCAUUGUAUGCUUUUCUGAGUUGUACAGCCAGACUUUGCUGCAAGUUUUCAAACAAUCUGAUAUCAAAGAAUGUCUCCUUAAAUUACAUGAAUGGGUGGAAAUGAAAUGAUCAUAGCUUUGUGGAUGUUUUGAUGGCCUUUGCCUCCGGGUGCUAAUCACUGGGAAGCUCUCAGUAACUUGGUCAAGGAGAGAUGUACCAAGAAGUAGAAGAAGUAGUAUUAUACAGUGUUUAAACCUAUUACAGCAGUUUUAUGUAUGUCUUAAAGGGAAAAGGAAGAAAUCAUGUACAUCCUAUUUUAAACAAAAGGAACUGAAAAGGUUGAAGACAUCUUUAAACAUAUGUAUGUUUUUUAAUAUAUGCAUGCCUAUAUCCUAGUGAUCACCAGAAUAAAAAUAUAUUGCUUACAAAUACUUCUACAAUGAAAUUGUGUUCACUGGAAAAGCUGCUGUACCUUUUUUGACGGUUGGAGGGCUGGUUGAAGCAUGUCAUUAAAAUCUUAGGCUAUUUCA